AAUGUGGAAUUUGAAGCCAUGCUGUUUUGACAUAAAUGGAGUGCUUACCCCAAAAACAUCCCCGGCCAGCUCGACCAAAAGCACAACUGUCUAUCGAUAUGUUUCUCUGCAUGGAUUAAGGAGGUGAUCGGAAUAAGAAAUCGGACCAAGGAGACCAACAAUUGAGACGAGAGAGCAGAUUGCAGACCUCUGUUGAACCAUGUCAAGCUAUCUGGAAGACGCGUGUUAAUUAGGUAGCUGAGAAUAAAACCGGCUCAUCUGGAGAGAGGCGGUGCAUUCUGGAGCGAGAUGGCUAACGGAAAGGUUCUGCUGCUCCUGCAUGGACUUCUCCUGGCGGCGGUGACUCGGCCCACUCUGCAAGGAGGGGUGUACGUACCGCCAGGCGCUGGGAUAGGCACGGGACCAGGAACUGGAUACUAUCCAGGGUCAACUGGAGGAGUGCCUGCCGGCUAUAAACCAGCCAAAGCAGCGAGUUAUGGAGGUGGAGGGCAAGGUGGCGUUCCCGGAGGUUAUGGAGGUGGAGGGCAAGGAGGCGUUCCCGGAGGUUAUGGAGGUGGAGGGCAAGGAGGCGUUCCCGGAGGCCUGGUCCCUGGAGGCUUUGGUCCUGGAGGACUCGGAACAGGACAAGGCGGGAAAGGCCCUAAACCAGGUUAUGGCAAUCUUGGAGCUGGCGGUCUUGGAGCGGGUGGUUAUGGGCCCGGAGUCCUAGGUGGCGCAGGCGGUUAUGAAGGAUACGGUGCAAGCCCAGUUGGGAGCUUCCCAGGUGCUGGACAGAAGGCUGGUAAACGAGGUGCUGGAGGCCAAUUUCUACCAUUUGGAGGAGCAGGGACCGGAACUCUCCCUGGCGGAGGACCUGGUCAGACGGGUGUUUCAGGAGGGGCUGGUCCUGGAUUCGGGAAGCAAGCCUCCAAACUACCAGGUGUGGAUGUACCUGGGCUUUACCAAGGUGGACUGGUCCCGGGAAAUGGCUUUGGUAGUCGAGGAGUUCUACCAGGCGUCGCCACUGGCACCGGCCUCAGUCAAAAAUCACUUGGAGGCGCUGGACCGGGUGGUGCAGGAACAGGCUACAAUGGACAAAUGCAGCCCGGAGUGUUCCAUGGAUACCCUCUCAAAUCGCCCAAAACACAAGGUGGCUACGGAGCAAAACCUGGAGGUGGCAAACUUCCCUUUGGCUACGGGGGCUUUGGCAAUCAAGGGGCUGGGCUCCCAGGAGGUAAAGGUGGCCCCGGGUCCAGGCCUGGAUACCCUGUUGGAACCGGAGUUGGCGUUGGGGCCAUCUCACCUGCACAGGCUAAAUCUGCCAAAUAUGGUGCUGGGGGUCUCGGAGCUGUCGCCGGUGGUUAUGGUGGUGCUGGGGGCGCAGGUGGACUAUAUCCAGGGCAAAUACCAGGAGCAGCGGGCUAUGGAGCAGCAGCCAAGGCUGCCAAAUAUGGCAAGUAAAGUUCAAAGUCCUCUACUUGUUUUAUUCUUAUUAUGAAAAUGUUACAAAUACAUCCUCAGAUUUGUAUAUUGUAUUGACAU